CUUGAAAAAGGGGUCACUGGUCGCUUACAUAAGCCAAUUUUUCGUGAACUCGGAGAAGUGCAAGUCUGCUUACAGUUCUCUGGCAUGUCUUCACAGCAAUUUCUCGUACGUCGCGUUAUUCGUUCAGCACACCAAGUAAAGGGAUACCCCCCUUUUAAUAUUGCGCAUAGAAAUGUACGCGUGAUUUCAUCAUCGUUGACGCGCUCAGCUGCGGCUGCACCAAAAUUGAAACCGACUUCAACGUCUUCUCCUCCAUCUUCCGAGUCUGUGCCACAGCGGGAGCAGUCAUGGCUGACCACGAAAGUCAAAUCUUCUCCACUCCUUUUCUCAAUAUUCAUCUCCGUAGCACGCGUCCUUGGCUAUGGCUCACCGCAACAGUUUGCUAACCGGCGUGCUCUACACUUGUACAACACCUUAUGUGCCACGCAUGCUGAUCAGCAGUCUGCAUUUUGGAGAGAAGCAUGCGCUCUUCCGCCAACUUUCCAGUCCUGGUUUACAAUCACAAACCUGCAUGUUUGGCUGCUCACUGUCCGACUACGUGCCCUUCCUGCACCACAUGGGACAAAGCACAUCCAAGGGCUCAUUGACCACUUCUUCCAGGACGUCGAAGAACGCUUGCGUGCUGUCCUCCAGCCAGGCCUCCUACCCCCUCGUUCUUCUUCGCCAUACUCACCAAGCCUACCUAGCAGUGCUGAAGAUGGUUCUUAUCUCUCUCCCUAUCCACACAGCUCCUUUUACACCACCCCCACCCCUCUUGCGUCCAAAAGCACUUUUCCUUCAACCAAAGCCUACAAAGAGGCCGUGAAACUCGAGAAACGUUCCCGUGCACCCGAAAAAUUGAUCACCAGGCAGAUGAAAAUUCUAAAAGAACAAUGGGCAGGGAUGGGAAUGAGUCUCGACCUUGGCCUUGUGAGGGGCGAUGCCGAGAUGGCUGCAGCAGUUUGGAGGAAUUUACUUGGUGCGCGGGGUGCAAGCGGAAUCGGGUUGGGUCAGGAGGGUGACGGGAGCAGUUACAGGAGAGCGGUUAAUCUAGUCGGUGGACUUGUUGAGGACGUGAGCAAGGUGGAUGUGGAUAAGGAAGAGUUGAAGGACGACAAUAGCGGUGUCCACGAUUUUACUCCUUCGGAGAACGACCGGUACAUCACCUAUCCUGAACUUAUGGUCACACUUGUCUCCUACAUCCGCCGUGAAAGUUUACGACUGGAGCGUCUCGAUGACGGUGCCAUCAUGGGACCACAUCGCGUCGGACGAGAGGGUGAAGGCGUCCAGAACUUGGUAUGGGGAGAUAUUGAAAACGCUGUGCGGAGAUAGCACGUCAGACAGUCUGAUUCGCAGCCGUAGCACCUAGAGAGUAUAUUACAUCACACAUGCCUGAAUUCUGAUGCUUCAUGCUUGUACGGUAAUUCUGAUCCUCCGCCCCAUCUUAGCUCCAUCUUAUCUUUUUAUGUUUUCGCAUUUAUGGUCGUGAAAUUUAGAUUCGCGUGUUCG